UUGGCGCUGACGGAGGCGAAGGGCCAUCGCUGUGUGGAACUCGCACAGAGCUUUUAGGUCGAUAUGUCUGGUCGCGGCAAGGGCGGGAAGGGCCUGGGCAAGGGCGGCGCCAAGCGCCACCGCAAGGUGCUGCGCGACAACAUCCAGGGCAUCACCAAGCCCGCCAUCCGGCGGCUGGCCCGGCGCGGCGGCGUCAAGCGCAUCUCCGGCCUCAUCUACGAGGAGACCCGCGGGGUGCUCAAGGUGUUCCUGGAGAACGUGAUCCGCGACGCCGUCACCUACACGGAGCACGCCAAGCGCAAGACGGUCACGGCCAUGGACGUGGUCUACGCGCUCAAGCGCCAAGGCCGCACUCUCUAUGGCUUCGGCGGUUAAAAUUUUCCCCGGUUUCAUUUAUUCCUCAAAUCUCUCUAAAGGCCCUUUUCAGGGCCGCCCA